AGAAACUCGACUCGACCUUUUGUUAAUAGUCGAUUUACGCCUUCAAAAGUAUUAAGAAGACUGUCAACACUAAGCGUUUUACGAACAAAAAGCAAGCGGCUGUGGGCGUCAAAAGAAAGGAAUUCGAAGCAGCACGAAUUGUGAUAUCUGUUUACCACUCGACUUCUAGAAGUCAUAUAAUUUUUGUCUACUCGAUGACACGAUGCAAAGCACCAGAUUUCACCAAAAUUCUUAAAUCGUUGAUUUCGAUUUUUCGCGUUGUUGAAGCAUGAAGUUUGAGUACUGAUAAACUGAUAAUAAUACAAGACGACGAAAAUCAACCGCGGCCGAGGUAGCAUCGUGAAUGAAAAGUCAGUUACUUUUCUAAGCUUAGAGGUUUGCAGGCGUCGACACGACAAUACUUAGAAUUUAUAUAAUGGAAUACGAAUUAGAACAUAUGAACGACGAAUCCGUUAUGAAUCGAAGUCACGAGAUUAAAACAUUGAAGGAUGUCAGACGCUAUGAUAAAAAGACAUUGACGUGUCCCGGGGGAUGUUGUGCGCAGCUUCAACUUCAUGAAAUAACAAGCCAUGAAUGUCUGAAGUACCUAAGGGAACGUAUGGUACAAAUGGAGGAGCAUGUUGUCGAGUUGGAAAGUAGAGUGGCAGAAAUGGUCGCCAUAGAAUCAUAUUAUAAAAAGAACGUCUCCGAUCUAGAAAGAAAGAUUGAAGACAUGAGCGAAGAAAUGAAAUUAUUGAUGUUGGAACGAGCACGCAGAGAUGAGAUUUUCAGCAGCAAGGAAACCUUUUAUAAAGAACAAACGGCUGCUUUAAAAGAACAAGUCUCAAGACUGGAAAAGCGCAUUCAAGAAACCAGAUCAAAAUUGCCUUCAAGCGAAGAUGACGCUGUCGAAAGCGAUAUUCAUCGCAUUGAGAAAGAUUGGGCGUUGCGUUAUGAUAAACUACUAGCAGAGAAGAUAACCAUUGAGACCUUGUACCAGCGCAAAGAAAGAGAAUACGAGCAAGAUGUGAACGCCAUGAAACAAGAAGUAUGUGCACUGCGUGACAGUUUACGCUUGGAACGUGAAGUCAUGGCUUUGGAGUACGACCAAGCAAAUUUCGAAAAAUUGCAAAGCUUGAUCGAUCAACUUGAAGAACUGGUGGAACAGAAAAAGGACACUACUACAAAUAAUGUUAUCCAACAAAAAGGAAAGCUCUAUUGCAGUGUCAAAAACGAGAACUAUCACGUGAGUGGAGAUCACGGUAAAUCAAGACUGCCCGACUCUAUAGGGAGCUUGGAAUCGGAGGAUGAUCUUGCUAUGGAAUCACAUUGACUUGCAUAAAUACUUAUUUCUUUAAACAGAUUUUUGGCAAUCAUAUUGAAGAAUGCAACUAUUAAUUAUACAGGGCCUUAAAGGUCAUCUCUAAAAUAGAGCCAUUAUGGUCUAACAUUGAGCAGUUCYAUACUAUAUAAAAAAUUCUUAAAAUUCCAAAAAGCUAUGAUUGGCGUAAUGUGUUGACAAAACCAUUGCUAAUCUGUUUAGCUGCGUUAUUUGAAUCACGCAAAGUCGGCUUUACUGCCCGGUCUACGUCACCGAAACUCUCUUGUCUGAGAAGCCUCAAACGAGAUUUAGAGUGAACAGUUUGAUACUCUAGUUGCUAUAGUUACAGUUGUUUAGAACACCGACCGGGACGAAAAAAACAGGUCAAAAAGUAAUUUAAGUUGGUUAGAUCGUAAUAAUAUUUUACUACAUGAUAACCAGGGGUUUCAAAUUCA